GCAUGCUCGUCACUACUGUUGCAUGCUGGGUAGUGUAGUUCGUAUAUUCCCUAGCUCACAACAUCUCACGAGUCUGCUGGAAGUCCAAAGAAGACGAAGGAGUAAAAACGCAAAAUGGCGUUUGACGGAGAAGGCCUAAACGUGGCCAUUGGCCAUUAUUGUUUCUGUAUUUGUAUUUAGUGCAUACAUGUACGCAUAUAUGUCGUGUAGUUGAGGAAACAUUGUUAGUCAUUGUUUGUAUCCGGAUACAUUAGUCUGAGCGCACUUCAUCGCGUCUUGUGCUAGCUUAGCUUGUUAGCUGCUAACAAAGAGACGCGGACGUUAUCAACACGUCGCUAAGUAGAGAUCAAAUGGAAGUGUAAAGUGUUGGGAUUGUGUGAAAAUGUGCGAAAGAACGAUAGCAAAGUAUGAGGAGGAACUUUGUCCAACAAAAGAGGAGAAGGAGCGACAACAUCAACUACUGGACGCUGUUUUCAAGAAACAUCAAGUUGUGUUACACACAACAGACGUCCAGCAGCCCCCCCACAUGAAAGAGGAAGAGGAUGAUCCACAGCCCCCCCACAUGAAAGAGGAAGAGGAGGAAUGUUGGAUCACUCAGGAGGAAGAGUGUCUUCUAGGGCAGGAGGAGGCUGAUCUCAGCAAGUUUCCACUGACUGUUGUCUCUGUGAAGAUUGAAGACAAAGAAUGUGAGUCCUCACAGCUUCAUCACAGUCCAAACGUCUGUGAAGAACAACUUCUGCCUGAAAAACAGGAGUUUAGCUUCAGGAUGUUGAAGGAGGAUCCAUCAAAGAGGAAGAGCAGACACCACAGACCCUCUGGGGUAUCCUUUUCCUCUUUUACACAGACCCUUCCCUGGAAAAAGGAAGAGGAAGACUCACUGACGCCCCACCUAAAAGAGGAAGAGGAGGAACACAGCGUUAGUCAGGAGGGAGAUCAUAUUGAAGGACUGCUGGAGUUCCCAGUGACUGGUGUCCCUGUGAAGAGUGAAGAUGAUGAGGAGAAGAGAGGCAGCAGCUCAACACAACACAUGACAACAGAAGCUGAUGGAGAAUCACAAGCAGACAAGAUGUUCGCUCCACUAUCAGAUAGUGAGGACACAAUGUCACACUCUCCUGACACUGAUGAUGAACACUCUAAAGAUGAUGCAACAUGUCACACUCACUUCACAUGUUCUCACUGUGACAAAACCUUCAACUGCACUAGUGGGCUUAACAGACACAUGAGAACACACACUGGAGAAAAACCCUUUUCCUGCUCAGAAUGUGGUAAAUGUUUUACAGUAAGUCAGAGUUUAAAAGUACACAUGAGAAUACACACUGGAGAAAAACCUUUUUCUUGUUCAAUCUGUGGUGAAGGUUUUGCACACAGUUCGUAUUUGAAAAAACACACAGCAGGACACACAGGAGAAAAAUAUUUUGAUUGUUCAAUCUGUAGUAAAGGUUUUGUUCUAAGUAAAGAUUUGAAAGCGCACCUGAAAACACACACUGAUGAAAAACCUUUUUCCUGUUCAAUCUGUGGUAAAGGUUUUGUUAUAAACACCAAUUUGAAAGUACACAUGAGAGGACACACUGGUGAAAGACCUUUUAUCUGUUCAAUCUGUAGUAAAGGUUUUGUUACAAGUAACAAUUUGAAAGGACACAUGAGAACACACACUGGUGAAAAACCUUUUAUCUGUUCAAUAUGUGGUAAAGGUUUUGUAGAAAGUAACCAUUUGAAAAGACACACGAGAACACACACGGGUGAAAAACCUUUUUCCUGUUCAGUCUGUGGUAAAGGUUUUGUAGAAAGUAACCGUUUGAAAGUGCACAUGAGAUCACACACUGAUGAAAAACCCUUUUCUUGUUCAAUCUGUGGCUUAUCUUUUACAAGGAAGGAAUGUUUGAAACCGCACAUGGGAACACACACUGAUGAAAAACCGUUUUCUUGUUCAAUCUGUGGCUUAUCUUUUAAAAGGAAGGGACAUUUGAAAAGACACAAGAGGACACAUACUGGUGAAAAAUCACAUUCCUGUUCAAUCUGCAACAGAAGCUUUUGUGAACGAUCCAACCUUGUAACACACAUGAGAACACACCCAGGAGAGAGAGUGUUGAGCUGCAGUGUGUGUGGUGAAAGAUUCACUUAUGAGUACCAGUGUAAGAAACACAAGUGUGCUGGUGAGAACAGCAGCAGCAAAUGAAACUGCAGGAUUUGAAAUCAACUGUCAAGACUUUAAUGUUGACUUUCUAACAUCAGCACACACAACAUGUGUGACAUUGUUGUUGUUUGUGUAACACGCUUUUUAAUAUGCUUCUACAUUUAUAGAUUACAUCUUUUUAUUAGUGCUUUUUUCAGUCAAGUACAUGCAUUAAUAUGCAACAUUGUGUACUUUUAUUAAAAAAUGAAUGGAACAAUUUGAAAAAGUGAAAGUAAACAGUAAAAUAAAUAUUUUGUGUGUAUAUAUAUUCAUAAUAAAAUGUUAGACUUAUUCAUAAUAGUGUUUUUAUAGGUGUGUGAAAUAUUACAUAUUUCUAAUUGUUAAUGAUCCCAUAGAUUAGCAGCUUUAUAUGAUAUACAUAUGUACUGGUUCACAUCUGAAACAUCUUCUGGACCACUUCAGGAAGCAUAUUAUUUACUUUAUACAUCAUUUGAACUUAUACCAUUUUAAAAUGUGUGAUUUGUUGGGUCUGUAUAAUCCAUUUCAUUAAUUAUUACUCUCUUUUGUAAUACGAUGAUUGUGUUGUGAUGGUUUUAUAUGUAUGCCCCGAGACUUUUAUGCAAUAAAAAAAUGUGUGAGAAAAUGGC